AUGACGGGCAACGAUUAUAACUCGUCGGGGGGACGUCCCGGAGAGACAUCCCUCCACAAAAAGGGACGUGGAGCGACUUCCCAUAUUCCCCCCUUUGCCGAACAUGGGUUUGAUACUGAUGUUGUAGCAAUUAGUUGGGCUAAGAAUAUUGCUAUAGGGACUGAGUUUGAGUUAGUCAUUUCGUCUCAUAAGAACGGGAGAAAACGAAAGCUUUUGAGAUGUACUCGGGGUGAACGUUACAAAGGUUCGGACGCCAAUUAUGGAGUAUUAAGAAAGACUUUCUUUCCAAACAAACAUCAAACACAAUCUUCAUCUUCAACCUCAAUCAAAUCUGCCAUUGUUAAUGAAUUUAUAAAGAAAAAUUAUACGCAUCUUAACUCCAUUACCGAGCUGAUCUCUGUUCAAUUUUCGUCCAUUGAUAGCUUCGCAGUCAAGAUCAAACAAGAUAUGCAUAGUAUUUUGAUAUUUGUUCACUACAAUGGAGAAUGGAAUCAAAACAUGGAGUAUGUAAAUUUUGAACCAAUGGGAAUAUUGGUUAAAGAAGACAGUGACUACAACAGUUUAUUGGAAAUUCUGUCAAAGCAACUCAAUAUCAACCUUAUGUCAACUUCCCUGGAAAUUAAGUAUCAAGUCAAAAACAAUUAUCCACCAAUGAAAAUAACAGACAAUGGAAAUUUGUCAUUCUACUUGGAGCUGAAAAAGAAUGCAACAGAUUGCAUGAUGUACCCGUUAUGCAUUUCAUUCAUAUCGUCUGGAAAUGAAGUGGCAUUCUUUGACUCAACUUUCAAUGUAUCAAAUGCGGAUGUGCAGUCAGGACAACAAUCAGCAAAUGCAUCAAGAUCAACAUAUGAGGUAGGCUCAACAAGUGAAAAAAGGAAAGAACAGAUGUCCGAUGUGAUAAACUAUGCUAGAUUUUUGAACAAUGAGUUCACACAUGAUGAAGAUGAAGUGGAAAGUAACUUCAAAGAUGAUAAUUUAAUAACAGACACAAAACAUAGAGAAAUCAAAGAAGGACAGUCAUACAAGAACAAAGAUGUUUUGAAAUCAGUUUUGAGCUCUUAUGCAAUCAACAACCAUUUUCAAUACAAGGUACGGAGAUCAUGUGAAAGGCAAUAUUUCUUGAGUUGUUUGGAUACAAAUUGCACAUGGAAACUUAAUGCUUCAAGAAAAGGAACAUCACAGAUUUUUAUCAUUCGAAAACUUAUUAUUAACCACAAUUGCUCAAUGGUUGUGAGAACUAGUGAUCUAAGGCAGGCAACAUCGAGUGUAAUUGGUGAAUACAUUAAAUCCAAGUACACCAACCUCAAAACUGUAUACAAACCGGCUGAUAUUUUGAGAGACAUGAGAGAUGAUCAUGGAAUAAAAAUGAGCUACUCUAAAGCCUACAGAUCGAAAGUAGUAGCUCAAGAAAUGGUAAGAGGAAAACCUUAUGACUCUUUUUCAUUAAUACCAAGCUACUUGUACAUGCUAGUGGUUGCAAAUCCGGGAUGGGAGUUCUGCAUUCCGGUAAUUGCUGUUGAUGGCACUUUCCUUACUUCAGCCUAUGGAGGUAUGCUUUUAACAGCAUGUGCACAAGAUGGAAAUGGUAAGAUAUUUCCUCUAGCUUUUUCAGUAGUGGAUUCUGAAAACGAUGACUCCUGGGAGUGGUUUAUGAGGAGAAUUAGAGAUGCAUUUAAGAUGCGAAGUGACAUGUGUAUAGUCUCUGAUCGACAUGAAAGCAUAAAAAAUGCAGCCAUUGCAGUUUUUCCAGAAGCUUCCCAUGUAUUGUGCACAUUUCAUUUAUUCAACAAUGUUAAAAGAAACUUCAAGAAGUCAUCAAAACCACUACGAGAAGCAUUUUAUGGGGCAGCAAAAGCCUACACAACUGAGGCAUUUGACUACUACAUGAAGCAACUUGACGGUAUGUGCAGAGGCUUAAAGACUUACCUAGAAGCUGUUAAGUAUAAAAAAUGGGCACGAGCACAUUGCGAAAAUAACAGGCACAAAGUCAUGACAACUAAUAUUGCGGAAUCAAUGAAUUCAAGAAUAAAGGCAGGUAAGGAUCUCCCAAUCACUACACUACUUGAGUACCUACGAAAAAUGGUGCAAGAAUGGAGCUACGCGAAUAGGCAUUUGGCACGAUCAACUUUCACAAACCUAUCAAAAAGAGCAGAAGAUAUAUUGAAUGACAAUUACAUUCAGUCAUUGAAAUUAGUGGUUUCAAAUUCAAAUGACAAUGUGAAGACAGUCUAUGAUCAUAAAACAAAGUUCAUUGUCGACCUUAAAGAAAGAACGUGCACAUGUAGGAGAUUCGACAUUGAUGAAAUUCCUUGCCCACAUGCAAUGGCAAUACUCAAAGAAUUCAAUCAAGAUCCUUACAAAUUUUGUUCGCAUUAUUUCACAAAAGAAACAAUACUGAAGACAUAUGAAGAAACAGUAUAUCCAGUGGUAGAUGAAAGUUUGUGGAAUGUCCCAGAAGAAGUGGCACAAAAGAUUGUUAAUACACCACAAGGAAGAACAAAGUCGGGAAGGCCUAGGAAGAAAAGAAUUAGAUCUGCCGAGGAAACUACAAAUCAUAACAAGUGCAGCAGAUGUGAAAAAAAAGGACACAAUGUGAAGACAUGCAGGAAUAUGCCUAAGAAAAAAUGAUCCAAUUUAUUAAAGUUCACUUCAGGUUGAUAUAAGGUUGUUUUGAGGUUCAAAUACAUUUCAAUUAAAAAGACAUAUUGAAGUUUUAAAGUAAUAUAAAUUUCAAUUUCUUUAUAUAUAAAAUGUCCUAUAUAUUAAUGCAA